UACGUUUAGAGUCUCGGUUUUAGUUACAUUUAUUUUAAAAUUUGAGAUCUCCCCGUACUGUUUGAGCAUCUUUGCCUUCCUUCGGCUGUGUUGGUUUUAUUUUCCAUUUAGCUGUGUGAUGCAGCACCUAUGAGACUGGUGUGUUGGUGUUAUUUUCCAUCAAGCUGAAUCUAAGACACAUAGAACAGUGGAGGAAGACUUCAGUUUCAUAUCAUAGGUUAAAAAAUAGGGCAGAUGUUUUUACUUUUACUCGUUGGUUACCCAAAUACACAUCCUGUCCAUUUUACUUGAAGCGACCAGGGCUGCACAUAGGUAACAGAUACUUUGUAUUCACCCAAGUCAACAUUUUGUAAGAAUGAGAAGAUUGAGGAAACAUAAAGAUCCACACCACUUAUGUCGCCAACCUACAGCCUUGUUGUCACUGGUUGUUAUUUUGAAGGCGGUUGAAAUUGCUGUGUUAUAUACAUUAGUCUGGAAGAUGCCCUGCGAUAGUCUUCAGAACUCUUCCAGACCAUCCUUUGCAAACAGCACCAACAGAACUUCUUCAUCUAUCCGGAAUAAAUACUAUGAUGCUUUUGACAUGAUCUCAGACCUGUGUGCUGCCACAGGCAAAGUGUGCGAGCUAUGCCCUUUAAACUGGGUGGCAUUUAGUGGUAAAUGUUAUUUCUUUUCGGAAGACAGAAAUAACUGGUCUUCAAGCAGAGAGAACUGUCAAAUCAGAAACGCGGACAUCCUAUGCAUGGAAGACUCUGCAGAAGAGACAUUUGUUUCUAAACAAGUUACAUUGAAGAAUGGACACUUUUGGGUUGGUCUUAGAAAACACACAUCGGAGUGGAUUUGGGAGACAGGAGGAAUAUAUCACAAGGAACCAUCUAUUACAUCCAAUGAACACAAGUGUGCCACCUUUGGAAGAGACAUGUCAGCUGAAAGCUGCUAUAACCCCAACAAAUGGAUAUGUGAAAAGAACAUGACUCGUUAUUUAACAUAAAGUAACUUUUUUUUAAUUUAUGUUUCCCAUUUGCGGAUUUUCUUGGGAAAAGUGCUCUGACAAGGAAAACUGUUUAUAAAAAAUGGAACCUUGAUAAUUGACAGCAAUAAAAACAGCAAUAAUUAAA